AGAGCUCUAGAAAGGCAGAUAGAGAGAGAGCAGAGGCAACGGCCCUCUUCUGGAGGGGGGGCUUAUUAUAACAAAUAUAUAUACACACAUGUGUGAACUGUUUGGCCGCACGAUAGGUCACAUGUGUAUAACAGUAAUUUUAGAAAAGCAUACAGCCGCGGCUUUACAUUUAAAAUGCCUAUUUUACUUUUCCUGUUAGACACGUCCGCCUCUAUGAAUCAGCGCACUUAUUUGGGUACGACGUAUCUGGACGUUGCUAAAGGCGCGGUUGAGGUCUUUAUGAAGCUGCGUGCCCGAGACCCGGCUAGUAGAGGCGACAGGUACAUGCUAGUUACAUUCGAUGAUCCACCAUACGGAGUGAAGGCAGGCUGGAAGGAGAACCAUGCCACCUUCAUGUGCGAGCUGAAGAACCUGCAGGCAUCUGGGCUGACUACAUUAGGCAACGCUCUCCGCACGGCCUUCGACCUGCUUAACCUCAACCGCCUCGUCUCGGGCAUCGACAACUACGGACAGGGCCGUAACCCCUUCUUCUUGGAGCCAUCUGUGAUCAUCACUAUCACUGAUGGGAACAAGCUUACACACAGCUCUGGGGUGCCAGAUGAGCUCCACCUGCCUUUGAACUCUCCAUUGGCAGGCAGCGAGCUGACCAAGGAGCCCUUCCGCUGGGACCAGCGUCUAUUCGCGCUGGUGCUGAGGCUGCCAGGAGCAGCCACACCAGACACCGAGCAACUUGGUAGCGUCCCCACAGAUGAGUCUGCCAUCACCCAGAUGUGUGAAGUCACUGGAGGGCGAUCGUACUGUGUGCGGACACAGAGGAUGUUGAACCAGUGUCUGGAGUCUCUGGUCCAAAAGGUUCAAAGCGGUGUCGUCAUUAAUUUCGAGAAGACGGGGCCAGAUCCGCCUCUCAUCGGGGAAGACAACUCAGUGGAGUCAGUUCGUCCUGUGUCAUCCUUCGGCCCACAGCCGUGGCACAGUUGCCACAAACUCAUCUACGUGCGACCGAACCCAAAGACGGGGGUCCCAGUUGGGCAUUGGCCCAUACCAGAGUCCUUCUGGCCGGACCAGAAUUCUCCCACCCUGCCACCUCGCUCUGCACACCCCAUGGUGCGUUUCUCUUGCGUGGACUGUGAGCCCAUGGUGAUUGACAAGCUUCCCUUUGACAAGUACGAACUGGAGCCAUCUCCACUCACCCAGUUCGUUUUGGAAAGGAAGUCUCCACACAUGUGCUGGCAGGCGUUUGUUAACAGCAGCGGGAAACAAAGUGACCUGGGACAGCCGUUUGGCUACCUUAAAGCCAGCACCACUCUCACCUGUGUCAACCUGUUUGUCAUGCCUUACAACUACCCUGUCCUUCUCCCACUCCUCGAUGAUUUGUUUAAAGUGCACAAACUAAAACCAAACCUCAAGUGGCGACAGGCUUUCGAGAUGUACCUGAAGACAAUGCCUCCAUACUACCUCUUGCCCUUAAAAAAGGCAUUGAGGAUGAUGGGUGCACCUAAUCUUAUUGCGGACACAAUGGACUGUGGCCUCAGUUACAGUGUUAUCUCUUACCUGAAGAAGCUCAGCCAGCAGGCAAAGAUGGAAUCAGAUCGUCUAAUCGUGUCGGUGGGGAAGAAGGCUCCCCAAGAAACUGGCAUAAAGGUGAAGAACCACUCCAGCUCCCUCUCCCUGGCCCACCGGCGGGACUUCAAGCAGUUGCUACAGGGAAUCACCGGGGAGGGGCCCCUUCGCCUGGGGGAAGUCAACUUCAAAGAGUUUGCUGGCUUCCAGAUCGCCCUGCUCAACAAGGAUGUGAAACCUCAAGCUUAUCGAAACGCAUACGACAUCCCAAGACGCAACCUCCUGGAUCAGCUCACCCGGAUGCGCUCCAAUUUGCUGCGGACGUCACAAAAACACAUUCGAGGGCAAGAUGAAGACUAUCUGCACAGCAUCCCGGUGGCCCAGAUGGGAAACUAUCAGGAGUACCUCAAAAUGAUGCCGUCUCCUUUGAGAGAAAUUGACCCUGACCAACCCAAACGCCUGCACACGUUUGGAAAUCCUUUCAAGCAGGAUAAGAAGGGGAUGAUGAUCGAUGAGGCAGAUGAGUUUGUAGCAGGGCCUCAAAAUAAGAAACGAGGAAACUCUGGCGAUUCCAAUUCGAGUACUACUAUGAAGAGAAGGCGGAGCAUGUCCCCGUUACUGCGGCGGCCACAGACUCCACCAGCGAGCACCAACCAUGUGGUGGCGGGAAAGAGUCUUGGAGGGGUUCAGGGGCAGCAGAACCUCCUCAAACCCAUCCCACAGCACAAAGGAGUGGAUGGCAACAACGCGGUGGUCACUGAGAGUAACGGAGACGGGGUUCUUGAGCCUGAGUCAGGGGAGAUCUGGACAGCUGAGAUGGACACUGUAGCAGAGAACCCGUCUACACUGAGCCUAGAGGAGAAGGCCGGACUGGGAGCAACAGAUCGGGGAGAGGACAUCGACGUGACGGAGGAGAGACUUGUGGAAGAUCAUCUAGAUGAGCAGCAGCUGGAGGACAAACACAACUGUGACCGACUGAGUCCACAGAGCCAGCUAGAGGACACUGAGUCUGACCCUGCAGUGCUUGAGACCAUAUUCAUAGCCCCACUAGAUGGCAGCCAAGCAGAGUUGAGGAGUCAGGUCAUCAAGGAGGUCCGCAAGCCUGGGCGAAACUAUGAGGCAAUACUUGGUCUACUGCAGCAGGUGAAGGGAUCAGUUAAUGUGCAAAGGUACUUCAUCCAACAUGCCAUCAGAGAGGCCGUCAGGUUCAAGAAGCGGGUACUGAUCCAGCAGCUGGAGGCGUCCCUCGCUGAGUUGGAGGCGAGGGAAGCGACAACCUCACAGCUCUCCAAUGAUCACGGCAGUUAGUGAUGAAGCCACAUCUGUUACUAGAAAAGGGAAUAAAGCUCCUGUUUUGUCAACAGUUUCACCACUAUCAAAGAGACGUGCUUGUUGGUUAGCCUCAAAGAGACAAAUUGACGAACUGUUGGGGGGGGUGGGGGUGAAGGAGAAAUGCACUGAUAGCUGAUGCUCCCAUUGUUGUUCCUGUGCUGUUACAUCACAUCCUGUUAGAGGCAGAGGGUAAGGGGUUUAACUGAAGGACAGAUCCACUGAGGAUGAGGAACGAGGUUUAAAGUAUAAUCCUCUUCAUAGUGACAGAUGCCUUAAACAUCCAUAUGGCUUUUGUCUGUGUUCGCACAUUGUUCAGCAGACACACAUACGCACUCCGUCAGACAGACACACUCAAAACGCCAUCAGAGCCUCAGUGGCAAAGCAAGGGAUGGACAGGUACAUUCCUGUUGUUGUUAUUCUUUGACAGACCUUUCUUCAGCUGGUCUGAAAAGUGUUUGUAAGACUGAACCAUGUUUUUUCUACGAGUAAUAAUAUGUUGUGCAUCCACGUAGAUUUAUGUCUAACACCCAGGCCCACCUCAUGUUCUGCAGAAAGGAUGCACUGAUGUUUUUAUUUGUUUUAUAACCAAACUGAUUCUGUUGUUUUCUAAUAUUUUACUCACCAUAUCAGCUAAUACUGAUAUGCAUUUGCAUUAGGUGUGGGCGAUAUGGACAAAAUCUAUGAGCACAGAUGUAGUUUAAUGUUGCAGCUGCACCGCACUGUAUAUUCUGACAUAUCAUCACUUUUCUGGAGGUUUAAUUGAGAAAAAUAAAAAACCCAGAUGGAUUUUUUUGCAAAUAUAGUCACUAAAAUACCUGAUGCUAUAUUUUGUCAUAUCGUCCAACCCUAAUUGGCAUUUUUCAGCCAAAAGCAGUCCAAAUAAGGUUAGCCUGCACACGUCUUAACCUAAUUGACUUUUAAAAUUGGGUCCAUUUUGUUACUAUUUUGACAGUUUGAAUUAAUGUGCUCUUGAAAACAAAUCACACACCAGUGCUUUUUAAAGCUGAAGGAAAAGGACAGUAUAUAGACGUAUCAGUGUUUUGAGAUGGAUGUGGACUCAUCAUGUCCAUGAUAAACGAGACAGUUGUGUUCUCUGGUUUGUCAAUCGAGCGUUAUUAUCCUCCUACCUGCCACGACAGCAAUACAACAUAAGUUCAGUGAAUGCAGCUGCUGGGAUCCAUUUAGAGUUUACUCCUCUGAUGCUGCAACACACACACACACACACACACACACACAUUGCAAACACACACAGUCCAAUAAAUCUCCCCCCACAAACGCUCCAUUGAUUCCCAGAAUCACAACUUUAUUGGGAGGACUUUCUGCAUCUGUCUGGGCUCGGUCGACAGUCACCUGUUGUGGAUUUUAACAGCUGGUUAUCUGCCCUCUGCUGCUUUUUUCCAUAAACCCAUGUUAGCGCUCCUCCUUUUGUUUCCCUUGUUUCUAUGAUGAUGUACACUACUUUUUAAUGUUCAUAAGGAAUAUAGAUUAUUUUUGUGAAUUUGUUUAUUUCAGAGUAUAAGAAAUAUUUUGAACAAAAUGUUUAAAGCCAAUUUUGUAAAACAGGUUAAAUACAUAUAUAAAACGGAAAGUUUUAUGAACCUACUCCUUUUUUAUACAAAACAAAAAAUAAACCACAGUUAGAAUGG